AUGGGGCGUGUGGGAGGAGUGAAGCAUGGAGAGAGCGGCGGCGGCGGCGGCGGCGGCGGCGAGGCGGGGGAAGUGGUCGGUUUCGUGUGCGGCACCUGCAGCCAGGGGGAAGAGCUGUCCCACGAGUCCAUGCACCUGCACGACCCGAACGGGCAGACUCUGUGCAUCCACUCGGUCGUCGUCGCGGAAAAGUUCCGCCGGAGGGGGUACGCAACGGAAAUGCUCAAGGCAUACGUGGAGAACGUCGCCCUGACCCAGCCGGGAGUCCGGCGCGUCUGCCUCAUCGCGAAGGCAGGCCUGCUGGGCAUGUACGCCUCCUGCGGGUUCACCCUCAAGGGCCUCAGUCCGGUCGUGCACGGAAAGGACCCGUGGUUCGAGAUGCGGAUAGACUUGGACUCCUCUGAGCCGCGCCUGCUUAGAUUCGUGCAGGUGGAUGCCUUCUCUGACCGAAAGUUCUGCGGGAAUCCGGCAGCCGUGUUCUUCACCCAGGCGGGCGGAGACGCUGAUUGGAUGCAGAAGGUUGCCGUGGAGAUGAACAUCUCGGAAACAUGCUUCCUUGAGCUGCAACCCGCCACUCCGGAUGAAGCUUCCUCGAUGGGACCAACGUACGCUCUGCGCUGGUUCACCCCCGGAGGAGAAGUCGACCUCUGCGGGCACGCCACGCUCGCCGCGGCGUUCGCGCUGUGGGAGGAGGGGAGGGUUGGGCCAGGCCUCCCCAUCAGGUUUUCCACCGCGAGCGGCGUUCUCACGUGCCGCCGCGACGCGGAGGGCUGGGUGGCGAUGGAUUUCCCGUCUGAGGUGGUCAGCGACGCGCUUCCUGAAGAUGACGAGGGUCGCAGGGCCAUCGUGCAAGCCCUCGGUCUCGCUAGUGCCGGAGGAGGAGGAGAAGGAGAAGAGGGCGAUGGGGUGCUCUUCGUUGGCCGGAAUCGCUGUGACGUCAUGGUUGAGGUGACCCCGGAGGCGUUCUCCGCAAUAGCGCCAGACAUGAGAAUGCUCGCCGCAAUCGAAAGCCGCGGGUUCAUCGUGACGUGCAAGGGUCAACAAUUGAAGAAGGCUGGGGAAGAGGGUAUUAGUGCUGCUGUCGACGGCGUUACAGACGGGGGUUCCGUGGAGUUCCAAAGCCGGUUCUUCGCGCCUAGGAUGGGCAUCGACGAGGACCCCGUGACUGGGUCGGCCCACUGCUGCCUAGCGCCGUAUUGGGCCUCGAAACUCGGCAGAUGCAUGGUGGGUUACCAGGCGUCACCAAGAGGGGGAACUGUUCGGACGACCGUUGGCUUGAAAAGCGAGGGAGACGGCCGAGUCGUGCUGGAGGGGAAGGCGGUUUUGGUGUUUCGCGGGCUUUUCCGUCGUUGACAUGCAGCAGCAGCAGCAGC